GGUUCCUUUGUCCACCAAAGAAACUGACUGUAUCACAGUGUUUGCCACUAGUUGAGAAAUUUACUGCCAAAAUUCAAUGCUGGUCAGCAAAGUUACUAUCAUACUCUGGUAGGCUGCAACUUAUCAAGGCUGUCUUGUUUGGUAUGCAAAGUUAUUGGGCACAAAUAUUUAUACUGCCAAAACAAGUGAUUAAAAUGUUGGAAGCAAUGUGUAGAACUUAUCUCUGGACAGGGCAAGGUGAAAUCUCAAAGAAAUCACUAGUAGCAUGGGAAAGGAUUUGUCAGCCAGGAUCAACUGGAGGAUUAAAUGUCAUUGAUCUCAAGAUAUGGAACAAAGCUGCUAUUCUAAAACACUUAUGGGCCAUUUCAAUGAAGAAAGAUCUAUUGUGGAUUAAAUGGGUGCACUACUAUUAUAUUAAGUAGAAUAACUUGGAAAUGAUGCUAACUCCCAAGGCUGCAGCUUGGGUCAUGAAGAAGAUUAUUGAUAGUAAGCAGAGUCUUAUGGCACAACAGUUCUUCCAAGGGACUAUCCAAUAUACUUUGGGUAAUAUGGUGCAGGGUACUAAGUUCAAGAUACAGAAAGCUUAGGUUGCUAUGCUGCCUCAGUUACCUAAAGCUCCAUGGAAGAAUCUCAACCUCCAUAGAAUGAUACACCCUAGGUUCAAGUUUAAUUUGUGGCUAGCAGUGCAACACAGGUUAGCUACAGUGGAAAGACUUCAGAAGAUUGGAAUUCAAGUACCAAUGAACUGCAUUUUCUGUAAUCAGGAGGAGGACUACUUUGAUCAUCUGUUCUUCAACUGUCAUUAUAGCAAGCAGGUCUGGUCCAGAUCUCUGAAGUGGCUGGGAAUUCAUAUAAGUAUAGGUUCAUGGCAACAAGAACUAAACUGGAUGUGUAAGGUAGCAAAGAAGAAAAAUGCUCAUGCUGAAAGACUGGAUGUGUUGCUAGCAGUGCAACACAGGUUAACUACAGUGGAAAGACUUCAGAGGAUUGGAAUUCAAGUACCAAUGAACUGCAUUUUCUGUAAUCAGGAGGAGGACUACUUUGAUCAUCUGUUCUUCAACUGUCAUUAUAGCAAGCAGGUCUGGUCCAGAUCUCUGAAGUGGCUGGGAAUUCAUAUAAGUAUAGGUUCAUGGCAACAAGAACUAAACUGGAUGUGUAAGGUAGCAAAGAAGAAAAAUGCUCAUGCUGAAAGACUGGAUGUGUUGCUAGCAGUGCAACACAGGUUAGCUACAGUGGAAAGACUUCAGAAGAUUGGAAUUCAAGUACCAAUGAACUGCAUUUUCUGUAAUCAGGAGGAGGAGUACUUUGAUCAUCUGUUCUUCAACUGUCCUUAUAGCAAGCAGGUCUGGUCCAGAUCUCUGAAGUGGCUGGGAAUUCAUAGAAGUAUAGGUUCAUGGAAACAAGAACUAGACUGGAUGUGUAAGGUAGCAAAGAAGAAAAAUGCUCAUGCUGAAAUCACAUGCUGCACUUUUGCAACGGUUGUAUAUAACAUAUGGAGAGAUAGGAACACUUUGAGACUCAGGAAGGGCCAAGUAACGGUCACAAGAACCUGUAAGGACAUAGCAAUGCAUCUGCACAUACAAGGAAGGAACACUGCAGCAUGGCAAACUGUUUUGAACAUGCUGAAUCCUUUUCCUUAGUAUAGAUUAAAGCUUGUAGGAAUUGUUUUGUUUAUAUGACUAGUCUAGGAUCUGUCAAGUUAUAUGCUUUACUAGAAUAGACUACAACAACAACAACAACGACCCAGUGAAAUCCCACAACGUGGGGUCCGGGGAGGGUAAAGAGUACGCAGACCGGACUCCUACCACGGUAGGACGGCUGUUUCCAAAAGACCCUCGGCUCAGACCUUUACUAGAAUAGACUAGUGGUAACUAUAUGAGAUGGUAGAUGGUCAGCUUCUACCUGAUUUGUAAUGGCUCAAUUUUUUAUUAAUAAAAGUUUUGUUAAUCAAAAA